AUGGAAGCUCAACUUCCCUUCGUUGUUAUUCCAUUCUUUUUUUUCUUGCUUUUCCAUUGGCUUGCAAAAUAUUACAAGCCAAAGUCAAGUCUCGCUCACAAACUGCCCCCAGGCCCAACGAAGUUACCUCUCAUUGGUAACCUGCAUCAACUAGCACUUGCAGGUUCACUUCCACAUCAUGCUCUCCGAAAACUUUCCCAUAAAUAUGGACCUCUUAUGCACCUACAACUUGGUGAAAUUCCUUUAGUGGUUGUAUCCUCCCCCAGGUUGGCCAAGGAGAUUAUGAAAACCCAUGAUAUUGCUUUUGUGAAUAGGCCGCAACUUCUUGCUCCUCAAAUUUUGGCCUAUGGAUCAACGGAUAUUGCUUUUGCUCCAUAUGGUGAUUACUGGAGACAAAUGAGGAAAAUAUGUACGAUGGAGCUUCUAAGUGCCAAGAGGGUUCAGUCUUUCUCUUAUGUUAGAGAAGAUGAGACAGCAAAAUUCAUACAAUCAAUUCGGUCAUCCGCAGGCUCAACAAUCAAUCUUACUAGUAGAAUUUUCUCGUUGGUAAGUUCUUCUGUUUCAAGGGCAGCCUUUGGUAACAAAUCUAAGGACCAAGAUGAGUUUGUAUCUUUGGUCAGAGAAUCAAUAGCACUGAAUGGAGGAUUUGAAUUGAAUGAUUUGUUUCCUUCAAUGAAACCUCUACAUAUACUAACUGGGUUGAAGCCCAAAUUGGAGAAGAUUCACAAGCGAGCAGACCAAAUCUUAGAAAACAUUGUCACAAUGCAUCAAGAAAAGCAAGCAAGAGCAAAAGAAGUCAAGGGUGAUGCAAAGCAGGAAGAUCUUGUUGAUGUUCUUUUGAGAAUCCAACAAAGUUGCAGCCUUGAGAUCCAAAUAACAACCAGAAACAUCAAAGCUGUAAUUUGGGACGUUUUCGCCGCUGGAACUGAUACUUCAUCAACAACAAUAGAGUGGGCUAUGUCAGAAAUGAUGAAAAACCCGAGAGUGAGGGAGAAGGCACAAGCUGAAUUAAGACAAGCAUUCAGAGGAAAGGACACAAUCAUUGAAACUGAUCUAGAGGAACUUAGUUACUUAAAGUCAGUGAUCAAAGAGACAUUGAGGUUACACCCACCUUCUCCUUUGUUGAUCCCAAGAGAAUGCACAGAAUUUACCAACAUUGAAGGGUAUGACAUACCGGUAAAGACUAAAGUCAUGAUAAACGCAUGGGCACUUGGAAGAGAUCCCGGAUAUUGGUCUAAUGCUGAUAAGUUUAUGCCAGAGAGGUUCGAUGGCAGUUCCAUUGAUUUCAAAGGGAAUAACUUUGAGUAUAUUCCAUUUGGGGCAGGAAGGAGAAUGUGCCCUGGCAUGUCGUUUGGUUUAGCUAGCGUUGUGCUUCCUCUGGCUCUCUUACUCUAUCACUUUAACUGGGAACUCCCAAAUCGGAUGAAACCUGAGGAUUUUGAUAUGACUGAACACUUUGGAAUGGCGGUUGGAAGGGAAAGCGGGUUGUGUUUGAUUCCUACUGUUUAUGAUCUCUAACUUCACCAUGCUCAUAUAUAGUAUCCGUUGAUAUCGACCGCACAUUUUGGGGAGUCAUGUUUCAUGUAAUUUAUAAAUAAAAUUAAGCCUCAUAAUAAUCAUCGUAUGUACUC